GUCAUCUGCCUGAUGAAACGCAGUUCCAAGGGAGCGGUUCUUCAUAAUGGAUCUCCUGACGAAAGUGGGUGCGUUGGUGAUAUUAUUAAGUUUGCAGUUGGUUUUCUGUGAAGAAGUUGCUCGAUAUGACAAUUAUAAAGUAUACCAAGUGACCGCGAAGACAAAGCAGCAGAUGGAUACAUUGCAUGGGAUUGAAAUGAACAGUGAUGCCUACAUAUUCCUCGAAAGUGGACACAAAGUUGGCGAUAAAUUUACUGUGAUAGUGCCGCCACAUAAGCUGGCUGACUUUGCAGAGACUUUGAAGAUGGAGAAAAUUUGCGGAAGGAUAAUUAAUUCUAAUGUGCAACAAACCAUCGAUGACGAACGCAAUCGAAUGCAGUCGAAGCGACUGAAGGGAGUGUUUGACUGGACGGAGUACCACAAUUUGGAAGAAAUCCAUGCUUGGUUGGAUAAGCUUGCGGCGGAAUACACGCAAGUCGAAGUGAUUGAAGGAGGGCGAUCUUACGAAAAACGAUCGAUUAAAGGAGUCAAAGUGUCGUAUAAAUCUGGUAAUCCGGGAAUUUUCAUCGAAGGUGGUAUCCAUGCUCGCGAGUGGAUCUCUCCUGCUACGGUCACCUACAUUUUGAACGAACUGCUCACAAGUGAAGACGCCAGUGUGAGAAAAAUUGCCGAAAGCUACGACUGGUACGUUUUCCCAAGCGUGAACCCCGAUGGCUACGUCUACAGCCACCGAAGGAACCGUUACUGGCGAAAGACCAGAACUCCGUAUCCGAAUGGAUGUUUUGGGGCCGAUCCCAACCGGAAUUGGGACUUCUUCUGGGGAGUAGCAGGAACCAGUCGUCGCUGUUAUGCUGACUCGUACGGUGGGCCAGGGGCAUUCUCCGAGAAGGAAACGAAAUCUCUGUCCGAGUACAUAAACACACUCAGCGGAAAGAUCCAAGCCUACAUCGCAUUCCACUCAUACUCCCAGUUGCUGCUUUUCCCCUACGGGCACACCAGUGAACGAACGCCGAAUCACGACGACCUGGACGAGAUUGCCAAUGCGACCGUAACAUCCUUGGCAAAGCGGUACGGGACACAGUACCGCUACGGGAACAUCUACGACGCAAUUUAUCCGGCCAGUGGAAGCAGCAGCGAGUGGGCAUAUGGCGUUCAGAAGGUGCGAUUGUCCUACACGUACGAGCUGCGUCCCAUGGGUGGUUACAAUGGAUUCGUACUUCCACCGGAGCAAAUAAUACCAACUGGGGAGGAGACUCUGGAUUCCCUGGUGACCAUGCUCGAGGAGUCGGAGAAACGAAAUUAUUUUAAAGUUUGACAAGGUGUUGUCAAAGAUUGAGCGUACGUGUCUCCUGAUCGGCAUAGAAAUGGAAGUUAGAUUUACUACACUAUUGCAUAUCGUUUUUUAGUCACAUUGACUCAUAGCGAAUCCAGGUUCUGACCUCUAGAGUCAUGAAGAAGUUGCAACAGGCAGAAGUACAAUAGACUUAGAUUUUAUUUUAAGUGUAGAUUGAAACGUGAAAUCAGUAAUAAACAUUUAAUUGCUACACUGUUUCUCAAGAUAUUAUCACAUUCAAAACUCAAGAUUGCGCUUAUCCACCAGACGACUAGCAGACUCUUAGAGACUAGCCCUAAUAAAUAAGUGUCAAAAUAGCCUG